AUAAGGAGGAAGCUAGUCCCCGUGCUGUCGUAUUACUCCGUCGGUUUAAACGCUAGCCCGAAAUAUUAAUUCUUCAUCCGUUUACAAAUCACGAAAGGUUGCGUAUUGUGUCUCCGAGAAAAAAGCGAGUUUUAUUAGGUCAGUCGCUUGAUGGUGUUUGCGCUGGUUUCAGUUCACAAGCCGGACUACGUGCUAUGGCGGAGCAACAUGGCGGGCGCUUUUCGCCUUUUCCUUUUUGAGAAAGUGCUGAGAGUUUUUGGACAUUAGAGGAGGGCGAAGCGAAUUGAGGCGGUUUACGAAUGUCUUUUUGGCCAGCAUCACUUACCAAAGUUUGUUUCCUAUCUUUCCCGGACUCUUUCGAACCGCCAACGUAUCCGCUUUGUUUACAUUCUUUAACCCGACAGUGCAUGCGAUUUGUUAGUCAUUUACUAGCUCCAGCUUGGUAGGCUGGUGUCAAACACAGUCGCGCGACUGAGUAGAAUGUUACCGAGCCAGGUUGGGUCGGCACCACAGGGAAACGCGUCAUCUUCAGCUAGAGGAACCGUCGGGCUCGGUUCGGCUUCUGUUGUCGGCGGGAUUCGUCCCGUCUUGAUCCGAGCAGGGCUUGGCGAGAGUGCGAGCGGGGAAGGGCGGCACGGAACCAGAGAAGCGCUCGGGAUGCUGGGGGCGAACGGUCCAGGGGGUCCGCGAGGUGUGCGAUCCGGGAACGGGACCGGGGUGAGCCCCCUUCAGGCAGCAAUCCAGGGCAGCAUGGUGGGUCUCAACGCGGGGUUGGUGCUGCCCCACGGGGCCAGGUUCGACCCGGAGAGGGAGAGUGUGCCUCUCUGCAGCGGAUCGGACAACGACUCGGACUCUGGGGAUGACGACGACCCGGUUUCUUCGCUCGGCGACAGCAGGAGAGGGGUGAAGCGGGAGAGAACCGAGCUGGAAGCUGCUGCCACGGGCCAGGAAGUCGGAGGAGUUCCCGGAGGCUAUGGCCUGGCUCCGGGGGGAGUAGCGGGGGCCAAGCCGGGGAAGAAGACACGUGGGCGCGUCAAGAUCAAGAUGGAAUUUAUUGACAACAAGUUGAGACGCUACACCACUUUCAGCAAGAGGAAGACUGGCAUUAUGAAGAAGGCCUACGAGCUGUCCACCCUGACAGGAACCCAAGUUCUGCUGCUCGUGGCCAGUGAAACGGGUCACGUCUACACGUUUGCUACCCGUAAACUCCAGCCUAUGAUCACAAGUGAAACGGGCAAAGCGCUGAUCCAAACAUGCCUCAACUCACCGGACUCACCGCCACGUUCGGACCCAUCCACAGACCAGCGCAUGAGUGCAACAGGCUUCGAGGAGACGGACCUCACCUACCAGGUGUCUGAGUCGGAGAGCAUGGGCGACACUAAGGAUACUUUGAAACCCACAUUCACAGUUGCCAGCCUACCAGGCGGUACCAGCAGCGCCCAGGCCACUGUGCCCACCACCUCCACCAGCAUGCAGGUGAGCAGCGGGCCCAACUUUCCCAUCACCAACUACCUGGCCCCCGUUUCCGCCAGCACCAGUGUCAGUGCCAACGGGACUGUCCUUAAGACCACCGGCGCCUCCACAGGAGUGAUGCAGCUACCCAGUGGCUUCACAUUCAUGCCAGCAGGCACUCCUCUCCCCCCUGGCACCCCCACCAUUCCGCUGAGCCAGCUGCAGCAACACUCCCUGACCCUCCAGGGGCAGCACGGUCAGACUUUGACCGCCGCCCCUCAGCCUCAGCAGGGCCAACAGGCCGUCUUCCGCUUCCCCGCUGCUGUCUCCCUCACAGGGACGGGUGUCCCACAGCAGCUCCAGGCCAUUCAGGUUCACCCCAACACCCAGCCCAUCUCCAACAGUGAGGGUAGCCCCGAGAUGUCCCACACCUCCACAAACUCCACAGCUGCUGUGAGUCUCCCGGCAACCAUCGUCACCUCAUCAGUGCCGUCGACUGUGGCGGGUCACAUGAUGUACCCCAGUCCCCACACGGUGAUGUACGCCUCCACGCCCGCGCUGGCCGACGGGGGGCUCGCCGUGCUCAACGCCUUCUCCCAGGGCACGUCGGCCAUGCAGGUGUCACACGCGCAAGCCCACGACGCAGCGUCCGUCCCCCAGGUGUUCCUGACGGCCCCCCCGGGCACGGUGCAGAUCCCUGUUUCCGCAGUGCAACUUCACCCAGUACGGCAAGAUCUGCAUUUUACAAAUGGUGAUUGGACCCCAGUCGAGCGGCAGCAGCACUAACCUGACCGAACUACAAGUGGUCAACUUGGACACGGCGCAAAACUCCAAAAGUGAUUGAUGGCGCUCAGUGAAACAGUCUUUCUCUAUAUUUAUUGAUGCCUUCCUACAUCACACUUUUCAACGUGACCUUACUCACAGUGGGGCAAAAAAGUAUUCAGUCAAUCACUGAUAGUUGUUUUUUUUGUUUUUUGCCCCACUGUACAUUAAAACACACAAUCAAGGGCCUGUGUGUAUGUGUGCGUGUGUGUGUAUUGACCCUUUUCCGCUACGUUUUGGUAUAUAUAAAUAUAAAUAUGAAUAUAUUCGCAAAUGCA